AUGCCUUCUCUUGCGGCCUGCCUCCUUGCUAGCUUUGAGAGACCAUCUGUGGCCCGGCAGCGGCCGCAGUCUGUGGAGCAUCUGCUGCAGGCUGCGUUGAGCCGAGAUGUGGAGGAUGAGGCGGCAACGGCACCCCGCUGCCGCGGAAAGUAUGUGUCUACCUCUGUAAAGGACAGAGCGAGAUGGGCAAAGGAAUUGCGGGAGUUGAAAGACGCGCAAGAAGAGCGUGGACAAAAGCUGGGGGCGGCCUUGGUGGCCUGGAUCUGGCGCGAGUUUCCGGGCUCGCGGAAUGACAAGCGAGAGUUUUCUCGCAUACGGACUAUGUGCUACCACUUGCUGGAAGAAGGAACCGCAAAGCGGUUGCUUGAUGCGGCGGACAAUGGCGAGGCCAGAAAGCGCCGUCGUGUGAGCGGCGGCGGGCGCAAGCCUCUGGCCAUGGAUGUGGGCCAUGAGCUCUUCCAAUGGUUCGUGGAUACCGCCGCUUCUUCCCAGCUAGCACGUGUGCGGAAUGUGAAGUGCCGACUCACAAGCCGCCUUCUGGAAGCCCAAGCUAGGGUCAUCUUGCAAGACUACCGAGAGGUCCUGCAGAUUCACUUUGAGUCUGGUGUGAGUGUGCCAGGCGCAUUGGACCAGUUGCCAAAGAUCAAUCGCUCAUGGGUGCAGAGGUGGCGCAAGCAGUUUCGGAUUUCCUGGAGAGCACGAACAGUUGCGUACAAGGUGUCGCGGCAGAAGUUGAAAGAGCGGCUCGGAGUGCUCUGGAGAAAUUCGAUACGGCUAAGAGUGCUGCACCAGUGCUUGUUCCCAAGCGGGAAGCUCCGCUUCCGGUCGUAUGACCAGAAGCCUUUGUGGCACAACGCAGUGGGAGGGCAGAAGACUCUUGCUUUGAAGGGGGCCAAAGACGUGGACAUCAAAGAAAAUGUUCAUGCCACGCGAUGCAGGUUCACGGCCAUGACGAAGGCAGUGCAAAUCUCAGGGGAGACAUUGGAGGAUGCAUGCGCCCGAUCGUCGGGCUCUGGCGAUCCAAAUCAGUUGGCUGUGCUUUUCAAAGCGGACACCGACCGCAUCAAGGCAAAUUUAGACGUCCCUUCCGGCUGUUUGGUGCAAACUGGGCCCAAAGGGUCGUAUCGUGUGGAGCAGGUGUUGGAGUUCUUGCGGUGGGAUCUUGGAGCUGCAGAUAGCACAGAUGGCAGCUGCUGCGAGGUAGUCUGCUUGGAUUGGUUCUCUGCCCACCUAGACCCAGAAGUUGACAAGCUCAUCAAGGACCUCGGCCAUGUUCCCCUGAAGCUGGGCGGUGGAAGCACGCCGUUUGUGGCAGUGCUAGACACACACGCUCACUGGAGCUACGAAAGUGCAUACCGUGACGCAGAAACGCAUGAUGCGCAGCUUCAGCUGCGAAGGGGCUACGCUUUGCCAUGCACUUCCCGACAGACCGUCUUGAGCCGUGCAGUAGACUGCUGGCGGCAAGUGAAGCAUGAUAAGGUCGCAGAUGGUUGGUUGGCGGCUGGGCUCACCAAUGCGCUGGAUGGCUCGCAAGAUCAUCUGAUUUCCCGUGUGUGUUUGCCUUUCUGGACAGAACUCCAAAUGGAUCUGACGCGGAGCCAGCUCGUUGCUGAAAUCAAGGACGCGGUAAAGAGUGGGCAGCUUCUUCGCUGGUCUGACUACACGCAAGUCUUGGAACCUUAUGAUGAGCAUGAAGGCCUCAUCGAAGGGGAAGAGACUGGACGUGAGCGCAUGGUGGAAGCACCGCCGGGGCAAGAGCUGGAGAUUGCAGAUGAAGGAUACGAUUCUCCAGAAGCAGAAGGCGAGGAAUUGCCGGAAGAUUGCGAAGAACCUCUUCUUGCAGAGGCGUCUGUUGCCCAGCAGGCAAAGAGUGAAAUAGCCGUGGAGAAUGAUAAGAAGAGAUUGGAGCAGCUACUCUCUAUGCGCAGCGCGGCGAAGACCAUCGGCGACCUGCCAACAGUGCGGUUUUUGGAUAGCCGGGUGGCGGAGGUGUCAAGAGCCCAGGCCCGUCCCAAUGAGAUCAUGAGUGCACACUUGCGUGAAAAGGCGCUGGAGCGCCGCCAGAUGGAGGCGCAGGUGCGGAUUGAACAGCAAGCUGCGCGAGAUAGAUCCAAGCAAUUGCUGCAAGAAGAGAAGAAUGCCAAACUGAAGCUUGAGAUAGCCAAAGUCGAGAAAAGCACAGCAAUGGCAGCUGCGCAAAAAGAUUUGGAGGACGCAAAGCUAGCACGGUCACAAGAGCAGAAACGACGUGAGGAACAGGCACGCGUGGCGCUACUUACCAAGAAGCAUUUUGCUGCGAAACUGGCCAACCAGCUGCUGGAUUGGGCACUGUUUUCUCCAAAUGAAGCAGAGCAGUCUGUGCUGGCUCGAGCAGUGAAGGCCUCCGUGCAACGACGGGCUGGCGAGAAGUCCAUUGUGGUGCCCGAGUUCGUAGAGGCAAGCCGUGCCAUGGCCGCAUUACUUCUUUGCAAAGACCUUGUGAUCGUGAACCCGAAUGCUGGCAAGGCAGAUGUUCGAGUCUUUGCCUCUGAGUCCUUUUGCUGGAGCAUGGCCACUGGCCUUCGCCCGGGAGGUUACGUCGUGGUCCUGGGCGCGUUGCCCGCCUUGAUGGCCAUGGCUGCGGCCCUGUGGCUGGUGAGCUCUACCGGCAGCUGUCAUGCCAUUGACGAGGAGGUGUCCACACAGCUGGGGUGCCUUUUGGGUUACCUGAGCCUCCUGCUCGGGGUCUUAGCCAUGGCUUUGCACUGCUUCGAGCUGCCGCUGCAGCAGACGUUGAGCCUGAGCUUCUGCUUCUCGAUCAUGGUCUUGGCCAUGUGGACCUUGGCCUUGGGCACGUCGCGAAGGUGCGUUUGGGCCUCGAGCAUUCUCAGCGGCAGCGUGCUUCUGAGCUUCGUGGCCUUGCUGCUUCUGGAUCAGCAGCUCAUCCCCAACCAGCUCCACAUCCCUCUGCCGGCGCUGGCGUGCGCUGAGUACCUCUCUGUGGCGGUGUACCUACUUUGGCCCUUGGGCUGGGCGAAGGAGGUUGACGCUGGCUGGCAACUGCACAAGGCAUGGCGGUCCAGACCCAUCCAGAUGGCCUGA